AUGGAUUGUGAGCCAAGUAACAAACGGCAACGUCCCCAGCCAAAAAAGCCAAGACACCACGGUCCACUUGAUAGGUUUGUCACUUCUACACCUCCCGAUAUAUUGAAAGUUGUGAAAUAUGCCACAUUGUUAUUUCAAUUGCUUGAUAAGAUAGUUGAGGAAGUAGGAGAAGAAAAUGUUGUCCUAGUGGUCAUGGACAAUGAAUCAAACUAUGUGAAAGCUGGAAAAUUACUUGAAGCUAAAAGACCAAAUCUUUAUUGGACUCCAUGUGCAGAACAUUGCAUUGAUCUAAUGCUUGAAGAUCUUGGGAAAAUGGCAAAUGUGAAGAGCGCUAUACAAAAGUGUAUAUUCAUGAAUGGCUAUAUUUAUAGUCAUAUUCCUCUUGUGAACAUGAUGAGGAAUUUCACAAAUCAAAGGAAUUUGCACAGACCGACGAUUACAAGAUUUGCAACAACUUUCAUCACGCUAGCACAGUUUCAUAAGCAAAAAGACAAGUUGAGAAAGAUGGUUCAUUCUGAAGAAUGGAAUAAUUCCAAGUGGUCAAAAGAAGCAGGAGGAAAUAAAGUAAGAACAUAUAUUUUGCAAGAUAGUUUUUGGAAGAAUGUUUUAUAUGGGCUGAAGUUGGCAGGUCCUCUAGUACAAGUUCUUCGAAUGGUUGAUGGAGAGAUAAAGCCUCCUAUGGGAUACAUGUAUGCAGCCACGGAUCAGGCAAAGGAGACAAUUAUGAAGUCUUUCAACUGGAGAGAAGAACACUACAAAACUGCAUUCGAAAUUAUUGACAAAAGAUGGGAGUGUCAACUUCAUCGUCCUCUUCAUGCAGCUGGCUACUUUCUCAAUCCAGAAAUCCAAUAUGGAAAAUAUGAUGAUGCAAACUGUGAAGAAGUGUUGAAAGGUUUGUAUGAUUGUAUUGACAGGUUGGUUCCAGAAAUUAAGACUCAAGACAAGAUAAUGUCUGAGAUAGAUGAAUUUAAAAAUGCAACUGGUCUAUUUGGUUAUCAUAUGGCUAUAAGGCAUAAAGCUACAAAAUCACCAGCGGAAUGGUGGUCUUCUUAUGGAUCUUCAACUCCACACCUCCAAAAAUUUGCCAUAAAAGUUCUUAGCCUCACUUGUAGUGCUACUGGUUGUGAAAGGAAUUGGGGUGUUUCUCAACUAAUUCAUACCAAAAGAAGGAACAGAUUGUCCCAAAAUCGAUUGAAUGACAUGGUAUUUGUGAAAUACAAUCGUGCUUUGCAACGUCGAUACAAGAGGAAAGACAUUGUUGAUCCUAUUCUCUUAGAAGAAAUUGAUGACAGCAAUGAGUGGCUUACUGGGAGAAUGGAUGGGAGCUCUGAUAAUGAAGCAGCUGCCUCAAGUAGAUUUGAAAAAGAAAAAGGUAUCGCUAGUACUUCUAGUGGUUCAAGAGCAUUUCGUAAACCACCUUCUAGUGGUAUGACUUUGGUUGAUGAAGAUGAUGAUGAUGUGGAAGAGGAUUUUGGUGGAGGAGAGCUCUUUCAAGAUACUCUUUUGGAUCGUGAUGACUAUGAGUUUGAGAAUACUCAAUUUGAUUAG